CUAAAUUAUCUAGUCUACAAAUCAGAUUUUAAAUUUUGCCUUGAAUUGAAUUAAAAAAGUUUGACAUACGGUCCGUACAGUCAUAAGCUGUGCAUGCCUAAGCUGCUGUGCCACCAUAAAAGUAAUUAAUAAAUUAAACUAUUAUCCAUCACAUUUUCAAUUUAAAAAAAUGCUUUUUACUAUAAGACAUGAACUUCAAUAUAUUAGCGGUGUAAUUUUCAUGUUUAUAUUAACAAAAGCAUCGUUGUAUCAGGUAUCUUGAUUUCCUAACAAUGUGCUAAUGUCUAAAAUAGUUAUAACAAUAUUUUUCUUGAUAAUGAAAAAGGAAAAAGUCGUUUAAUGAAUUUCAUGUGUACGAGUGAUAUUUAAAAUAGCAAUUUCAAUUUAAAGUAUUAUACUGCAUUUUGGCUUUUUAUUUCUGGUUUACUUGUAAGAUGAAUCUAAAUAUAUCCAUGCUUUCAUUUUAUCAAUUGUAUAAUAUGGAUGUAUUUUGUUUAGGGGAACAUAUAUUAUGUCAAAUUAAUAAUUUAAUCUGGAAAUGUGUUUUGAUUUUAAUCUGUUUAAGUAUAGAUUAAAUUUGUCUGUGACCAAUGCUUAUAUUGGUUCUUUGAGAAGGUAUGAGUGAUAAUAACUGUGAUCAUUUUUACUCUAACAUUUGGUGCCAUUUAUUGCGGAUUUUGUAGUGACACCCGAACUACAUCCUGGUAUUUUUUCCCAGUAUAUCUCAGAACAAACUGUCCAUUUUAUCAAUACCUCUAUAAUAAUAAUUUUUAACUAAUUUGUAUUUAAUUAGGUAUAAUUAGUUCUUAUCUUGGCCCCCAAAAUAAAUGAAAAUUUGCCUGACAGCAGUGUAAUAAUGACAACACUGCUAAUAUGAAUGCACUCAAUGGCUUUGACCAAAAAGGCGAAACUUGAACAAGCUGUGUUAAGGCAUUGAGUGAAACGUAUAUUUUCCAAACUUCUUUGAAAGGAAUAGUGGAAAUUGCUUCAAACUAUGAUUACCAGUAGUUAUUAUUGUUGUUAAUUAUUGUUGAAAUACUUUUCUUCCAAUUACAGAUAUAUUUUAUGAAAAUAAUGUCAGGCUUAGACGCUCUUGCUUCAUAUGAUAUAUCUGAUGAGGAAGAUGAAGAAAAAAAAAUAGAAGAAAAAACAGAAAAAGAAGAGAAAACUCGUACGUUAGAGCCCCAAGAGAAGACUAACGAUAAACCGAAAUCACCUUCACCUAAGGGGACUAUCGAAGAUCAAGAAGAUAUUUGGCAAGAUCCAGAUGAACAUAUCAAUGAUGAUGAUGAUGAGGAAAAAGAGGAGGAAGAUAAAGACUCAAAUGAUCCCGAAAAUGCUAUAAAAGAUGUUGAGGAUCUCUCGGUGAUUCAUGAUGGGAGCGACGUUGAUGAGGCAGAAGAAGAUGGCGGAAAAGAAAGUAGUGAAGGGGAGGAAAAUGAUGAUGUAAGCAAUCUAGGUGAUACAUUAAUGGCAAAAGCGAAGCGAAGAGCGAAACGAAAAAGUUCUGAGAGCGCCACCAAUCUGGCCAAAAAACUCAGAUCUGCUUCUGUUGAUGAAGUAAGCAUACCACCUGAGCCGGAAGGAAGAUGUUCAAGCAGUUUACAGGAUAAAAUUACUAGAUUUAUGGAACGGAAAGUGACACAUGGGGAGGACUUAAAUCAAGCGAUUCAGUCACGAAAAGAUUUUCGCAAUCCUAGUAUUUAUGAUAAACUGAUUCUAUAUUUAGGUAUUGAUGAAUUAGGAACUAAUUUUCCACCUCAGGACUAUAAUCCAAAACGAUGGAGAAAAGUUCCUAAAUAUGACGAACUUGCAAGAGCUCAACGAGAAGAUAUGGCCAAGAGGGAGAAAGAGCGUAAAACUAAGGUUGAGUUUGUUACAGGAACAGUUAAAAAGCCAUCUUCAACCUCAAGUCAAGGUGGUUCUGGGGAUCCGGUAAAAAAAUCAAAAUGGGAUCAGCAAGGUUCGAGAAGUUCCACAGAAAAAAUUUUGACUCAUAAAACAACUGUUAUACCUGCUGUUGGGAAUAUUAAAAAACCCAAACCCUGAUUUAUUGUAGUUUAUGUUACACUAUGUUGUCUAAUAAAUGAAUAUAAACCAACACAUAUCAUCUGCCACCUACUCGACCAAAAUCACAUCUUAAUACCUCCUUUUGUUGGUAUAGGGGACUUUGGUCCUGGGAGUGCAGCCUCUUGUAAUUUUGCAUAUUUACUAAGGCAAAUGUAUCCAUUCAAACAUCAAAGCAUUCAACUUAUACCAGUACUCAAUGAUACUAUAUAAUGAUAUAAUCAUUUUUACUCAUAUUUGUUUUUUUGUAAAGUUGACGGUAAUUUUUAAUUCAUUUUUUUGCCAUUGAAAUUUGUGAUGUAUUAUGACAGGAAUGAUAAACAAUUGUUAUGGGAGAAUAUAUAUUCAAAUUUAUGUAUUCGAUAGGAAGAUAUUUUUUUAAAAACUACAAUGUGGUAUGUACAAUAUGUAAUAUUUUGUAACAGGAGGUUUAUAGCAGACUAUAUUUACUGCACUAAAUUAGGAAUGCCAGAGUAACUGAAUUUGUUCAAAAUUGGAAAUAAUUUUUGUUUGCGAACUGUGUUUUUCAUGAGUUCGGAUUAUUUAAACUGCCUGUAAAAAAUAAUUCAAUAAAAGCAUUAUUUUGUUGAUCUUGAGUACAAUAUGGUAUAUUUUCUGAUAUACAAAAUAAUCAUACUUGUCGGUAUUGGAUUCUAUGGUUAAUAUUUUUAUUAUUUUGCUUACAAUAUACUAUUAAAAAUUGCACCUUUUUGUUUUAG